AACUGAAAUUACAAGUCAAACACGUUUUAAGUUUAGGCUUAUAGAAGCUCCACAUGAUCCUCAGAUCAAGUCAGAGAAUAAAGAAAAAUGGAGAAAUGGUCUGAGUUGCCGCCAGAGAUCCUCCACUCCAUCUCCCUGAGAAUCGACAACCCCUUUGAUCUGAUCCACUUCUGGUCAGUAUGUUCAUCUUGGCGAUCCUGUAGCCUCUUAUUUCGACCGAAGACAUCACUUAUAUGUCCUCUUCUCGUAUACUCUUCUGGUUAUGGUGAUGAUCGUUAUAUCUUGAGCAGAAGUGUUUACCUUCUCAAGUCUUCUGAUCUCAACGGUCCUCGAUAUUGGUUGUUUAAGCUACAAGAGAAAGAGAACGGAGACAUAGUUCUACAUAGUUUGUUCCUAAGAAGAAACACCGAUGAGGAUAGAUAUUCGUAUCCAACUUUUUCACUUGACUUGCUCAGAUGUCAAGUCUUUGAGUUAGCUCAAGAACAUGUGGCUUGUUACAGCGAAUGGUCCGAACCAUGCGAGGGGAAAGUGGAAAGACGCAUUGGCUUUAUGAGUUUAGACGCAGAGAGCAACGAGUUUAUGGUUCUAGGGCGUCUCCCAUUCAAGGGUCCCGCUGUGUAUAGGUCAAUCGAUGGGCGUUGGACUGAGCUCCAGAUAACACAACCCGUUUCCUUUGAAGGGAUAGUUUCAUAUAAAAGCAAGUUUUACGCCAUAGAUCUUACCGGCAGAACAAUAGUUGUAGAGCCAACUCUACAAUUGCAUACGUUUCAGCGGUCUAGACCGUCUUAUAAGGCAAGGAAACGCUGGCUUCUAAACUCAGGGGAUAAGGUCCUUCUCGUAGAGAUGUGCACAGAGAGACGAGCCGAUUUUUUCAUACCAAAUAUCCGUGAGAAGGAGAUAUGGUUCGAAGUUUCAGAGUUAGACGUGGAGAGAAACGACUGAAUCAAAUGGAAGAUGUGGAUGAUUGAUCGUGUGCUGCUACUUAAGCUUUUGAUUUUUUUUUUUGUUAAACUGUAAAUAUUAUAAAUAAAAUGUUUUAGAGUUACAAAAACCUAUUAUAAUGGAAAAAAAAUCUAUUAUAGUGCCAAAAAAAAUAAAUAAAAAAACAAAGUAUACACACGAGUUGAUUUGAGUGACACUGUCAUCGAAUCCAAAAUUGCAUAAGAGAGUUUAACUUUCUCCUAUGGCGUCUCGCACUUAUUGUGUUGGGGAUGUCCCUGUCGAUAAUGCCGAUCGAGGGUUAUUUGCGGUGGGGUGAAUCCGGUGAGAUGCACUGCUGAGUAGCUACUUUUUUGAUAUAUUAUUUCAUAUUGUUAUGGACAAAAGAUAAGUUAUUCCCUUGUAAUCAGCAAGGCUUUUGUUCCAACAUUAUAUAUAGAACAAGAUGUUUGCAUCAGCCAUCAUGUCACAUUUCAACACCUAAAACAAUAUGGUUGUAUAAGAAAUUACGUGGAUCAACUAGAUAUCUCCUGACAUGGCAUUGAAUUGGACUUUGUAAUAUUGUAUCAUGUCUCUAUCGGUAAUUUGGCAUGGACUUGCGAUUCACUAAGAAUUCUUAACUUUCUAAAUUUUGUUGAUACGUUUUGCUUAUAUCAUAAAUCGUAAACUUAUCAACUACAAGGUAGAAUUCUACCUAGUACCUAUAUUAUUUGUUGCUAUACUAGGAAUAAUAUGUCAUCAGAUAAAAUUGUGUGCUAUCGUAUAAAGUAAGCACGCGACAGUCGAAGUUGUACCAUAAAAUUGAUGAACAUAUAUGUGGGCAAGUGGCAACUUAUUGUAGGAUAAGAAAAAUAGAACGAUCAUAUUCACGAAGUCUUCUUUUCAAGCGUGCACAACUUGAAACUUAUAUUACUCUAUAAUCGUAAUUUACUUUAACGAUUGAUAUCAACUCGAAGGCAGAUGGAAGGGUUAUAUAUAUGGGUAAAAUGUCUGCUUCUUUUUCAUUUUAUUUUUGUAAUUUCUGCAUUUCUAUCCUCCAUAAUUCAUGUUUUCUAGUAGUAAGAAGAUUAUAUAACUUUCACGAUUUUGUUAUUAUAAUUGGCGGGAAAGUAGAAGAUGCCAACUUGCUUACGACAGCGACUCCAAGCUCCAAGGCAAAAUUGACAAUUAAAGAAACAUCAGUUAUCAAGUCAUAUGGGUACAUAGGACCAUAAGGCCAUAGCCUAUCAAAUCAUAGCUCCAUAUUUAAUCAAAUUUUAUUUAACUUUCCCCAAUUUUUGUCGUUCACUCGUUUGCAAAUUGGUCGGAAGGUAGAAUAAAUGAUCUCCCUGUAAAUAUCUUUAUCUACUUUUGUCUGCUUGCAUCAUCAUCCAUCCUACCAGAACUUUUUUAUUCUUUUUUUAGAAAAACCAGAAUUUUUAGUUUCACAUUCAUACGAAAACCAUAUUCGAAAAUCGACUCUGCUAAAAAAUAUCGGAAAUAAAUUCAGCAUCAAAUAUACUGUUAAGAAAUUCACCAAAAAUAAAGAAUCGGUUGAUGAAAAACGAUUAGAACAUUAUAGUUUUUGUAAUGUCCUAAUUGUUUCCGUUUUUAAAUUCCAUAAUUUUAACUCUUUAUUAGUUCUUACACUCUCAUUUUCAUUUACUUAUCUCUCUGUGGAAAUCUUAUUAUUAUUUAUAGUCAGUUUGCUAUCUCCAUCCUCAAAAAGUUGAGGAUAACUCAAAUCAACGUUUCUUGUCCUUCUAAUAUUAUUCUGCGUAUGUAUCACCUAACAUUAUUUUAGAUUAUACACAUUUAACUUUAAAGAACUUAUAAUCUUUCUUUCUCAAAAAAAAAACAUACUAAAAAAAAACUUACACGUUUACUAUUAUGCUCUAAUAGACAAACAAUUUUUUAAGCAUCGAUUAAUGGUUUGGUCAGUUUCAUAAGUUACAUCAACCUAGUAGACUAACCUUUAAAUGAUAAAAUAUUUUAAUAUGAAAACUUAAAUUAUCAAUUAUAAUUUAACACUAGAAAAAAACGUUUCCAUAACAACGAAGAUUUACGACGAAAAUAAUUCUUCGUAAAUUUACAUGGUGUUUACAACGCAGUUACGAGGAGACCAAAUUUUGUCGUAAACUCCAUGUAAAUUUACGGGAAAAUAUUUUCGUCGUAAAGUCCAUGUAAGUUUACAACGAAAAUACUUGGAAUGAGAAAUACGUCGUAAUCGUUACAUCGACAUUACAACGAAACAUGUUACCGUUAUAUUUAGGUGAAAACGUGUAUUCAAUGUGCUUUAACUUACCUAAUUUCG